AUAUUAUAACACAACAUAUUAAUUAGUUUAGUAAUGGUUGAUCAUUUUCCACCUACAUGUGAGCUUGUCUGUAAUUUCCUUGAUGUCUAGAAAAUGCAGGUAAAAAAUAUAAACAAACAGCUUAACGUAGAAUCAAAUGGUAAUUGAGAAGUAUAAUUUUCCUUUUUGUGAAUGUGUAGUUUAUUAGCAACGUGAUGGACAGUAGAAGUGAUGAAAAAUCUUUCAGUCAAAACAUAGAAGAAUUAAAGGAAAAAGCUAUACAAGAUAAUAUAACCAAAUGGCAAGCUCCAACAUCACCGUUAGCCCCACUAUCAGAGGAAGAAUUAGACAUUGUGUAUCAAAUAAGUGACUUAAUUAAGGAAGAAUACUAUGAAACAACUAAAAGUGAGACAUUAAUAGAAGAACUGGCAAAUGAGGAUAAAGACAUGUUUAUUUAUUCCAACACAGAUUUUAUUAAGAAGCUUGUGAAUGUUGAGAAUGAAAUCAAGUUGGAGGCUUUGAAAGAACUUUUCCCCAGCUGUGAUAAAAUAGAGGAAUUGUCAUCACAUUUUCAGGGUCUAUUAGAAGAUACUGAGUUUGCUAUAAAAUCUUUGCAAGAGCUGGAAAAUCAAUAUAAUGAAGUUUUGCUAAGGACAUGCAGUUUACAUAAUGUCAGUGAGCAACUUACAAAAAAUCAAAGGAUUUUAAUUGAAAACAAGAAGUCUUUAAAGGAAAGAUUACAUUACUUUACUUAUUUUGACAAGCUUUCAGAUGAUUUAAAUAACUUUACUGAACAAAUUAGCACAGAACAGUUUAUAGAAAACUUGAAUAGUAUUCACUCUGCCUUGGAAUAUCUUCACAAGCAUAUAAAUUAUAAAGAAUCGAAAAUAUAUAUUGCCAAGUAUGAAAAUUUAUUAUCAAAAAGUAUUAUUUUAAUUAGAUCAUUUGUAAGUAAUGUAAUAAUAUCAGUAACUAAAGAAGUUACUGAUCCAGAUAAUAAAAUUGACCUUUUGGCCCUGAAUAAUUCACAAUCAGAUAGUGUAAUUUCAUUAUAUUAUGGCAAGUAUCAAAGUGCUGCCAUGAAAAUAAAGACAAUUCUUAAAUAUAUUGAGGAAAAGGCAGAAACAUAUGAGAGUUAUAGUCAACUGAUAACAGAUUGUCAGCAAAUUUAUUUUUCCCAGCGGUCUUUUAUACUUGCUGCAGUUGCAAAAGCAUUAAAUGAACUUAAAAUAAAGCACAAGAAAGACCAUAGUAUGUUGUUUCGUUCUUCAGGACUAUUUGUAAUGCAGAUGUGUCAAGAUGAAGCUGCUAGUUUUAAUCUAUUCUUUUCAAAGGAAUCGCAACAGUUGAGAAAUUACCUUGCCAGUAUAUGUCAAAAUUUAUACGAUAGUUUACGACCUAGUUUAAUAGGUAUAAACCAUUUAGAAAUAUUAACAGAACUUUGCAACAUUCUCCGAAACGAACAUUUAAGUGAUUAUGUUUUAAAUAAUGAAUAUUUAGAUAAGUUUGUGGAGACCAUCAGACAGUUGCUGCAAGAUGUCGAGGAGCGUCUUAUUUUUAGAACAAACGUAUUCUUCCAACACGACCUAAGCUCCUAUAAGCCAUCACCAGGUGACCUGGCAUAUCCAGAGAAACUAGAACAAAUGGAGAACAUUGCUGAAGAAGUAAGUGAAGGGCGGACUCUCUCGCGAAUGUCGUCUGUGUCUGUAGAGUCCCAGGAAGUUGCAACAAUAAAUGCUGCACACUUAGGCCAAUUUAGGUCAUAUACAGGAAAUUCACCAGCAGAUUUGCACGGAAUGUGGUAUCCAACAGUGAAGAGGACAUUAGUUUGUCUGUCUAGGCUAUAUUUUUCAUUGGAUCGAGAAACUUUUCAAGGGUUAGCACAAGAAGCUCUGGUUGUAUGUGUUAAAACUAUAGACGACGCUGGAACUCAAAUUGCCGCAAGAAAAGGAACUAUUGAUGGCAAAUUAUUCCAAAUUAAGCACCUCUUAAUCCUCAGGGAACAAAUAGCUCCUUUUCAAGCAGAUUUUACCAUUAAAGAAGUUGCGCUAGAUUUUAGUAACAUAAAAACUGCUGCAGUUGGUUUAAUACAGAAAAGAAAUAGAUUGUUUUCAUUUAGCAGUAAUAACGCCUUGUUAGAGUUCCUUUUAGAGGGAACGCCGAAAGUUAAGGAAUAUUUAGUUGAUUCAAGAAAAGAAAUUGAUAAACAUUUAAAAGCGUCUUGUGAAGCAUUUAUAUCGUUCUGUGUUCAACUUUUAGUUGGAAAUUUGACUAACUGGAUUCAAAAGGCUGAUCAAAUUCUAUCAAAAACUACUGAGAAUGUAGUGCCUUUAAGGGAACAAGAAUUUGGAAAACCACAGGCUCUUGCUGGAUUAAUCAAUACAUCACAAAGAAAUAUUAAAACAAAAAUACCCGAUAUACAAAGGUCCAUGCAAUUAUAUUUGGCUAAUAAAGAAACAGAAUUUAUUCUGCUGAAGCCAAUAAAAAAUAAUCUUAUAAAUGUGUUCAUUCAACUACACCAGACGUUAACAAAAGCUAAAUAUACUCAGGAAGAUCUUUUGGUUAUAGCUUGUCCAUCUCCUGAACAAGUUAAUGUAUUAGUUUGUUCAGUAUCGCUCACGCUAGAGCAAGAUAGUCAUUUUUCCACUGAAGAUAAAAGUAAUUAAAGUAUUUUUUGUUUAUUCAUGUUACUGAAACUAAAUAUUUAUAUAUAAUUUAUAAAUUUGUAGAAGAUUAUUGUUAUAUU